UCAAUUGACGUUUUUGGUUACUAAUGGAAUUUUGAUUAAUUUGUUUGAGAUACAUAUUUAAUAGAUUUAUCAAUAUUUUUUAACAAGUAUACUCCCGUGUUUACUGUUUAAUUAAAGAAACAAUUCAAAAUAAAUAUAUUUCUAAUACAUCAUUGAAAUAAAACAAAAUGCCACUAAUAGAUAUAACUAACCCUGACAUAAUAAAAUUUCUGAUCGAGAGCUACGACAAGACCGCUCGACUUCGUAUGAAAUGGAACAACUUGUACGGUGACAGACUCCGUGAGGCUGCCACGCUGAACAGGCCGGACACGGGCCGCACUACAUAUGACGUGUUCAAGGUUACUAUGAUUGGUGGCAUGCCGGCGACUACCAGAGAUCAUAUCUCGUCAGGCUACAACAGAAAACGUGUACCCAUCCGAGACGGCACAUUCAUCCCUGGAGUGGCGAACUUACAGAAAGGUCACUCUAUAGUGGAUGUGGGUCUCGGUGAUCCCAAAGAAGAUCCCAGGCUGGCUCGGCCUGAUACUGACACUACUGAGGACCCUCUCAUGAGAGUAAUUGAUCCAAAGGAGACAGAAAUAAUCUACAAAGAUAAACCAGUGUUCGGACGGCUCGUUUAUCUGAAGCAUAGGUUUAAAAAGGCGCCGGAAGAUAAGUAUUACUUUAAAGAAUGUUCCGGCUGGGACUACGGGUGGCGGCUAAAGGACAGCUUCUUCUCGCGAGGCAGGGCGCAGUACGGCCGCGUGUGGAGACUCAACCGCGACAACAAGAGCCGCUCCGGCCCGCAACCAGAUCCAUCACACUACAAUAGUCCUGAUAUACCAUCCGUAAACAAAUGCCCUUUGUAAUUUUGAUGUAUUUAUUUUUGUUAAGUUUAUUUUAAUAUUUCUAUUAUUUAAGUAUACAUUA